UCUCUUGGAUCAGAAGAAAGUGGGAGUUUAAAUAAAAAAAAUUAAUCAGUUUGUUUUGAAUUAAAUACUAGUUCGUAGUAUGAUCUGAUAUUUAGCGAUUAAUAGCGCUUUACACGGAAUAUAAAUAUUAUAUUUUGGAUAAAUCGUAUAUUGAAUAGUACAAAAAUGGCUAAAAAAACUACAGUACAACCUGCCUUACACAAGGUAAUAAUGGUAGGCAGUGGUGGAGUUGGCAAAUCAGCCCUCACAUUACAAUUUAUGUAUGAUGAAUUUGUAGAGGAUUAUGAACCAACAAAGGCAGAUUCUUACAGAAAAAAGAUACUUUUAGAUGGAGAAGACGUUCAAAUUGAUAUUCUUGAUACAGCUGGUCAGGAGGAUUAUGCUGCUAUUAGGGAUAACUAUUUUAGGAGCGGAGAAGGAUUUUUGUGCAUCUUUUCAAUAACAGAAGAUGAAAGCUUUCAAGCGACUCAAGAAUUCAGGGAGCAAAUACUUAGGGUGAAAAAUGAUGAAACCAUUCCAUUUCUUCUAGUUGGUAACAAGUGUGAUUUGGAAGAUAAAAGAAAAGUUUCUAUACAAGAGGCCACUGACAGAGCCAAACAAUGGGGAGUUCCGUAUGUUGAAACAUCAGCUAAAACGCGGGAACAUGUGGACAAGGUCAGUAAAAAUGUGUUCUACGAUCUAAUGCGAGAAAUCAGGGAAAGAAAAACUGAAGAAAACAAAACCAACAACGGCAGAGGAAAGGACAAAAACAGCAAGAAAAAGAAACGGUGUUGUUUAUUUUACUGUGCAUGAUGGAUUAGGAUCAUUUUAUUCUACUUUGAGGAAUUGGUAAAACGAAGAAGCCAUUAGAAAAGGUACAAUCAAUUUCUGAUCAACAAGUUACAUUCAAAUGAUUGUUACUUUUCUAACAAAAAACUACUAAAGCAAGAACUAAUAAAUACGCUAUUAUUUUUAUAUUUUCAUUUUGUGUUUUUUUCCAGUGAUUAUGAAAAUAAAGUACUAUAUUUGUUUGAGCACUUGAAAAAA